GUGGGCGGGCCAAGAGAGAGCGUCCUGAGGACGGGGGCUGGUUAGGCUCAAGCCAAAGGACUUCGCGUGUGAGGCUGGGACCGUGAGGGUACCGGUGACCAUGAGAUCGCUGCAGCUGCUCAGAGUCCCUUUCCUGUGUGGCCUGCUCUGGGCCUUUUGUGGGCCAUGUACCAGGGCUCAGGAGCCUGGGGUUGGUAUCCCCCAUCCUGGCAGCGUGGGCCUGGAUAAGAACACAGUGCAUGACCAAGAGCAUAUCAUGGAGCAUCUAGAAGGUGUCAUCAACAAACCAGAGGCGGAGAUGUCCCCACAAGAACUGCAGCUUCAUUAUUUUAAAAUGCACGAUUAUGAUGGCAAUAAUUUGCUUGACGGCUUAGAGCUCUCCACAGCUAUCACGCAUGUUCAUAAGGAGGAGGGGAGUGAGCAGGCACCACCAAUGAGCGAAGAUGAACUAAUCAACAUAAUAGAUGGUGUUUUGAGAGACGAUGACAAAAAUAAUGAUGGCUACAUUGACUAUGCUGAAUUUGCAAAAUCUCUGCAGUAGGUGUUAUUUGGCCAUCUCCUAGUUAGAUGCAAAUGUGACCCAUGAUAAUGUGAUUGAACACUUCUGAUAAUGCAAAAGAAAGCAUUUCCAACUACUGCUACA